AAGUGGGUGAGUCAGAUUAAAGAGUCAGUCCACUUUUGGCACAAAGAAUCAGAAGAAAAAAGAAAAAGAGAAGGACAAGAUCUCCAGGCCACAUAGAAUUUGUGGCUCAAAAUUGUUUUCCUUUCUGACGUGGCAGUUUAACUCGACAGCUUCUCGGAUCCAUCUCUCACACGUUGUCCUAACGACAGCAUUCAGCAGCAGCCAUCAUAUACAUACACGCAGAACCCCAAGAACCCAAAAAAAAAGGGAAUAAAAAAGAAAGAAAGCGCAGUUACACGCUCAGGUGUGUGCGAGAGUCAGAUCUCUUCAUCCCAACUCACCAGACCAGACCAGGCCUUGUUUUCCGUAUUUGUUUUUCUUUUUCUUUUUUCGUGUGUUUUACUUUGUUGUGUUCUGUUUCCAAGUUUGGAUAAUUAGAGAAAGAGAGAGAGAGAGAGAGAGAGAGGGGGGGCAGAGGAAUAAAAGGCAAAAAUGUCUGAAGUAAAAGACCCCAAGUUAAAGCUUUUUGGUAAGACCAUUGAACUGCCGGACACUUUUGCUGCGGCGGCUGAGAGUGGUGGGCCCGUCUCAGCUCAGACUUUCGAGGGUGCUGGAGAGGAUAGCUUAAAUCAAGAUCCCCCUUGUUCAUCCAAUUCUAUGCUUGAAGAUAGCAGUUUCAAUAGAGAUGGAGAGGAUCAAGAAUCGUUCAAGAGCCUGUCAGGUCCUACACAAGAACAUGAAAAAGAGGAAGAUCGAGCACAGCCUUUGACUUUGGAGGAAUUAAAAGAUUCAAAUGCGAAUCCCCCAAUAGUUGAGGACUCAAAUGCUCCUGCUGAUAGUGAUGCUGGAUCCAUGAAAAUGUCAAAGAACGAAGAGGACCAAGCUGAGACAAGUAACUCGCAGGAGAAAAGCCUUAAGAAGCCAGACAAGAUACUUCCGUGCCCUCGCUGUAAUAGCAUGGACACAAAAUUUUGUUAUUUCAACAAUUACAAUGUCAACCAACCUAGGCAUUUCUGCAAGAAUUGCCAGAGAUACUGGACAGCUGGAGGAACCAUGAGGAAUGUGCCUGUAGGUGCUGGUCGCCGUAAGAACAAGAAUUCUAUUUCCCAAUUCCGUCAUCUAACUGUCCCAGAAGCUCUUCAGACUCCCCGAGUUGAUCUCCCGAAUGGAAUUCACCACCCUGCUCUGAACCCCAAUGGCACUGUCCUCACAUUUAGCUCUGAUUCACGACUGUGCGAGUCUAUGGCAUCAGUUUUGAACAUCGUAGAUAAAACAAUUAUGAACAACUCAAGAAAUGGCUUCCAUAAACCUGACGAACUAGGAAUUCCAGCUUCUCGUGGAAGUAAAGAGGCUGGAGAUGAUUGCACAAGUCGAUCGUCUACUGCUGCUACAAGUUCAAAGGACAAUGGUAAAACUGGGUUGCCUGAAUUGAUGCCAAAUUGUCGCCCGUUUCCUCCACAGGUACCCUGCUUUUCUGGAGCGCCCUGGCCUUACCCGUGGAAUUCUGUUCAGUGGAGCUCCCCUGUAUCGCCACCUACUUUUGGCCCUGCUAGCUUUCCGGUGCCAUUCUAUUCUACAGCAACACCUUACUGGGGUUGUGCCGUACCUGGCGCUUGGAAUGUACCAUGGGUUAUCCCACCAACACCCUCUGCUUCACAGAGCCAUACACCUCCAAGUUCUGGUCCCAAUUCCCCAACUCUAGGGAAGCAUUCAAGGGAUGACAACAUUCUGAAAAUGGCUGAUACGAAGGAUGAAGAGACACGAAAAGAGAGUAAUUCUGAGAAGUGUUUGUGGGUUCCGAAGACACUGAGAAUUGAUGAUCCAGGGGAAGCUGCUAAGAGUUCCAUAUGGGCAACAUUGGGUAUAAAGAAUGACAGAACUGAUUCUGGUGGUGGUGGUAUUUUCAAGGCCUUCCAAACCCAAUCAAAAGGUGAUGAAAAGACUCAUGUUUCAGAAACCUCCACAGUGUUACAAGCCAAUCCAGCAGCAUUAUCUAGAUCUUUGAGCUUCCAUGAGAGCUCGUAAGCUGAUUGAUUUAGGAGCUUUUUGCAUUUUCUUAGAUGACCUGGUUGCAGUGAUCCGAUCUGCCUCUGGACUCCAGAAGCACUUCUAGCCAUCGACUACCGCAGAUUGGGGAAAUCUUCACAUGAUCUCUGCCCAAGAUACAAUCAAGUGUAUUAGCAACUACUUCAGACUUCUCCUGCAUGGGUGAGCAAAUAGGUUCUCUUUGGUAGGAUAUAGAUGUUUUAAUGGGUUUUCUUUCUUUCUUUUUUUCUUUUUGCUAGCUUGUACAUAAAUAUAUGAAAUACUGAGAGUUACGAGGAGUGAGUUUGUGUAACAAAGUCCACAGCUGUAGAAUAAGUGGGAAAUACCUAAAGAAUUCUGUGCUUUUCUCUCUUUUUACGGCAUAUGAAUUUGAUUCUGAUCAGAACAUCUAUUCUCCCGUUUA